AUGGAUUUCAUCAGUUUUGAGAGGUUGUGCCGUUGCUGUCUUUCCGCCAGCGGCAACUUUUCUUCAGUUUUCGAAAUCUACAAUGAUUACUAUCUUCCAAAAGUAAUAAGUGCAUGUACCGGGUUGACCGUUCAACAAUCGGAUGGUCUUCCGAACGGAGUGUGCCAAGCAUGCCUCCUAAAAUUGAUUGGCGCCUACGAAACGCGCCGAUUAUUUAUUCGCUCAAACGCUGAACUGAAAGAGCAACUUCAGCGACUAAAGCAAUCGGAACAGGAAAUAUUGACGGAACUCAAUUCAACUGCUGCCAAAUGUGCCAUGGAGAGCAUGCUCGAUGCGGCACCAAUAACUACCUGGGAUAAUGAAAUUAAUAUGCACAUUGAGCAGCUGCAGGAUGGAGCAAACGAGUUGGGGACCAACAUCGAAGUUCAUCACUUGGAUGAGCUGGUCAUUGAAAAAUAUGAGAACUUGGAAAAGGGCGGUUACAGUUUUCCAGCAGAAAAUUUAACUGUAGCAGAGAGCGAUGAGUUCAUUACCAGCGAAUCACAAAAGAUAGCGGCUGGUCAGUCACAGGUUGAUGCAGGUUUUUCAUAUUUUUCUGAUUAUAGUCGAGAUUCAAAUGAAUCGGAUACACCGGAAGAAAGUAGUUCGGAAGUUAGUAAACCAAAGGAAGAGGCGCAAAACUGCCCGAUAUGUAGCAAAUGUUAUUACAAUUCUCGUCUACUUCAAAGGCACAUCCAGUAUCACAAUGCUAGUAAAAGUGAUUGUCCGCUUUGCUCAAAAAGUUUUGCCCAUACGAGCAACCUCAAGAGACACUUAAAAUCUCAUAAAACACCUUCGGAUGGUUUCAGGUGUUCAAUAUGUGCCCGACAGUUUGAGAAAGGUGUGCAGUUAUAUGACCAUUUGAAGCUGCACAAACCGGCACCGGAUGAGACAACUUCCUAUACAAUGCAUUGCGAUCAUUGCCAAAUGGAAACAACUACCCUGGCAGGUUUUGUAACGCAUAUGAUGCGAGAACAUGGUGUGCCAAAGGAACAAAUUAAAGCAUUUCGAUGUCACAUUUGUGCCUUACGAUUCGUCUCAAAGCAAGGAAUGCUCAGACACAUUGAAGGAGUGCACGAAAAUCGUGGUAAACCAACUCGGAUAAGCCCGGUGCCGAAGAAAUUUCUUUGUACAGAGUGUGGUAAAUGCUUCCAACGUAUGCGUCACCUCGAGGCACAUGCCAACUCUCACACGGGGGUUCGACCGUUUGUAUGCCACUGUGGCCUGGCGUUCGCUCAGCAAUCGGGGCUUAAUUUGCACAUUCGCUCGAAGCAUGAAAAUCAACGUUGUCAUCAGUGCGGCAUCUGUCGGAAAUCGUUUGCUCAAUCGUCCCACUUGAAACACCACGAGCUGAUUCACAGCAACCGGAAAGAGCAUGAAUGUACCGUCUGUAAGCAUCGAUUCCGGGUUAAGAGCAAUCUGGUGGCACACAUGCGAAUCCAUCGGAGACAUCCGUACUGCUGCAGUGAUUGUGGUCGAGAAUUUGUACAGGCUGCCAAGCUAGAACAGCACAUGAGAAAGGAACACGCUUGUAGUGGAACUACUUGA